CUUUUGUUCAUUGCUCUAAUCAGCUGCUUGGAGUUAAAGUUUGUUUUCUUGUUUGUUUACAAAUUUGUAUUUGUAUAAAUGUGAUAAACGCCAUAGUUCCCUAAACCAGCUAUGGCUGUGCAUACUCGAUACUAAUAAGGAGGAAACUAUGAAACAAAAAACAAAGAGUUCCCAGUUGGAAUUUCAAAGGAAAUUCGGCGAAACUACAGAGAAGGAUUUUAGUAGAAAUACGCAUAAAUGCCUCGUAGAGCCAUAUGAUCCACAGAAAGAGAAUCCAUGCUACCAGGUCCCCGAACAUGGGAAAAAUAAAGAUCUGGAAAAGAACUUAGGAACAGUGGAUCCUUACCCAGAUGACAGGCAUAUCCAGGUGAAAAACGAGCCGAUUGAAGAUGAUUUCCCAGAAGCAGAUGGCCAGGCUUUAGAUAGUGAAUCCUAUUACUUCGAAUUGCAAGUGAAGAAGGAAUUAAUUGAGGAGGAUUAUGCGGAAAAUUAUAGUUUCUGUAUGGAUAAUACCAAGGAUAGGACUCUGCACAGAUGUACCCACUCUUCGGGGGAGUUUCAGUUCCCCAAGCAGCUCGAAGUACAUAUGAGGACCCAUUCCCAGCUGAAGCUAAUGCAGUGCCCCGAGUGCUCAAAGACUCUGGCAACCAAGUCGACCCUUAGACGGCACAUGCGAACGCACACAGGGGAACGACCUUUUCAGUGCUCCGAGUGUCCUAAAACUUUCGGGAGGUCGCAGUGUCUUAAGGACCACCUGCGCACUCACUUGGUAGAUCGAAUGUUCAAGUGCCCCGAAUGCCCGAAGGAUUUUGUCCAUGAAUCUUACCUGAAAGUCCACAUGCAAAUUCACUCCAAGCAUAAGCCGCACAAACGCAGCCAGUGCCCAAAGUCCUCAACCCGGUCAUAUUUUCUCAAGGAAAACAGCCUAACACAUAGUCAAACUGGACGUCAGCACGAGUGCUUCAUUUGCCAGAGGACCACUUCAGUACAAAAAGUCUAAAGCCCACAUUCGUAAUCACCCGGAUGGAGAGCCUUAUCAAUGUUUGAACUGCAAAA